AUGCAGACUUCUUCCUUCUUCAACCCGCUACCACUUCCCGGAGCUUGUUUCUCCGGCGCACUAUCCAAAGGGACUGUUAUCAAUCAUCAUAAUCGGCUGAUCAUAACAAUGGCAUUCAAGAAAGAUGGGCACAAUGGGAAGACGGUGGAUGAGAACAUGAUUGUAUUAAGAGAGAGAAUUCGGAAGUUGAAGGCGGAGAUGGAGAUGGAAUCCGGUGGUGGUGGUGGUGAUCGGUUGCCGGAUAAUUGGAUGGAGUGGGAGAAGAAGUAUACGUACAGCGGUGGGUACCAUUCGGAUAUUUAUGAAGGGAUAGCGAUGUUACAGCGGUUUUUAAUGGAGACCAGGCCGAGCGUGGCGUUGGGACUGGUGGCAGGUCUUGCAUUUAGUGGUUCGACGGUGGCGAUGGAGGUUUUAUGGUGGUUGAUGAACUCGUUUCUUGGAAAUUAG